UCAGAGCGUGGUAUUUAAUCUUGCUUGACACAAUAAACAAUCGUUCGUUCAGUGUGAAGAACAGAUGUUAGAAGUAUUGUUUAAUAAAUUUAAAAAAUGGUAUUAAGUCGAAAUGAUAAAAGAAAAAGAAAAGAAGGAGAUUUGGUGGAUCUUAUGGAACCACUUUCAGAGUCUCCAAAAAGGACCAAAGUACAUGCACAAAGAAAAUUUGCACAAGGUGCAACAACAGUUUUUAAUCCAUCACAUACUCCCAUUAAGGAUAAAGAAAAAAGUAAACCAACAGUUAUAACAGAAUUAAUAACUCACAAGCGACCAAAUACAGAAGAUUUUUUAACAUUUUUGUGCUUUAGAGGAACAUCAAUUUUACCUCCAAGUCUAAAUUUUUUUAAUGUUGGAAGUAAAAAAGAAAAGCCAGAUCCUAAACCAGCACGUAUAGCAACAGAUAAAAUUACAUCUUCAACUAGUACAUCCACUGAAAAUCAAAAGCCAGAUCCAAGUCAGAAAACUGUUACCAAAGUGAAGCCUGUUAUUGCUGAUAAAAAGAAAGUUCCAAAUACAAUACAAAAAAACAUUACAACAUUUAAAAGCACAACAUCUACAGUACAAGCACUUAAAAAGAAGUAUCAAGAACAGCGUCUUGCUAAACAAAGAAUAAAGAAUAAAUUUAAAACAUCAUGUGUUAUGAGAACAAGAUCUUGUACAGAAAGAACGUUAUUAAAAUCUGUAAACAAGUUAGCACCCAGAAAAUUUUUACCAAGAAUGGAAACUAAGAGACUUGGUUUACGAAGUAGUGUACUAGCAGACAAAACAAAAAAAGCUCCACCAAAAGUUAAGUCUGUACCAUCUAAACCAAAGAAAAAGGUUAUAUUGAAACAAAAGAACAGUGAUACAUCAAAUUCAGAUUCUACAUCUGAUGAAGAAGAGGAAGGACCUUCUGAAAAAUCAGUACCACAGAUGAAACGUAUAGUCCAAAAAACUGUUCAGAAAAAUAUAUGUACAAGAAGUAAAUCUGAAAUGAGAAGAAUUACACGUUCUCAUAGUGGUACAAUUUCUCCAAAAAAUCUUAGUAGAAGACCAACAAGAAAAACUAAAGAAGCAGCUGCAGUAUAUAUGGAAAUCCUUGGACGAAAACUUGUAAGCCCUGAUUUAGAGAAUGAUGAUAAUGUUUCUAUGGAUAGUUUUCCAGAAUUACCAAAUACACGUAAAAUUGUUCAAGCAGAAAGUGAAGUUAAAACUAAAGUUAAACAACCUGUUACAAAAACGACUACUAAGAAUAAAGAUGGUAAAAUUACUGCUAUCCAGAGUACAUCAAAUAAACGUUUAGAUAAAACAAAAACUAAUAAAAUUUCUUUCAAAGGUAAAAGAUUAAUAAGGGUUCAUAAGUAUUGUGAAAUUGACAGUGAUGAAGAAUCUGUGAGUUCUAAUGGAACUAGUAACACAAGACCUGUUACAAGACGAAGUUUAGGAAAAUUAAAUAAACCUGUAAGUCGAUAUCUUAGAUCUUCUACUAAGAAUGUAACUGCAAGAAUAGAGAUUCAAAACAGUAUAAAUAUUAAAUCAAAAUCUCAAGUUCAGAGUAAUCUAAAAUUUAAUAAAGAAAAAUUUGUAAUGAAACGUAAACGAGAACAAAGUUCUAACAAAUCAUUACAUGAAAAAGGCAAUGGAAUAAAGCAAAAAGAAAUAAAAAAUACAGCGGAUGAAAGUACAGAUUCUGACGAAGAAACGUUAGGAAUGUUACUUAAUAAAUUAAAGAGAAAGAAAGAUGAUAAUGUGCAAAAAGAAAUUGCUAAUAAAAAUAACGAUCAUGGGAUUGAAGAUAAAAAUGAACAGCCUCCAAAUGAAAAUUUUGGAAAAAUGGAUCUUUCAAAAAUAUCAGAUGAUGAAGAAUCUUUUCGAGGAUUUACAAAGAAAGCAAUAUCCAAAGUAUUAAAUUCUUGUCAAACACAUGUUAAUGUUAAUCUCCUUGCCACGAAAAAAACUAAUGAUAAAUUAGAAACAGUUACAACAGAAGAUGGGCAAACUUCAAAUGUAGUUAAUGAAGGUAUUAAUGAGAUAGAUAAGGAAUUAUCAAAUAAUGAACUUUUAUCAAAUAAAAAUUCUGCUUCAAUGAUGAACAUCUCAGAUAAUCAGUAUCUUCAGAAAAUUGAAAAAGAUAAAUUAGAAUUACCUAAUUCGUUAUCCCAUGGGGUAGAUUAUGAAAUAUCAACAAACAAUCCUGAAAAAGAAUUUCAUCACAAAACAGAAAUUUCCUCCGCAAAUGUUAUUGAUAUGUCUUUAUCAACACUACAUGUAAGAAAAGAAAAAGUAAAUAUGUCAACUGAACAAAUUGAAAAAUGGUUGAAUGAAAGUUCACUUGCUAAGGAAGAAAGUAAGUUAGAAAUGGAAAAUGUAUCUACUUUUAAAUAUGAUGUUUGUGAAAAAAAGGCUGAUGUAUCACAUUUAUCAAUUUCAACAAAAAUUCAACAUUUGGUAAGACCAGUUAAUGUCACUCUUUCUAAAUUAGCAGAAAAGGCUAAUGUAAAAGAUCGUAUGCAUAUAUGUAAUAAAUAUGCUCCUAUUAUAGCAGGAGAAUUGCAAUCUGAUAUAAAACAGCAAAAUGACUUUUCUAAUAUUAAUAUUAAUAAACAUAAUACAAAUUUAAAAGAUAUUAAUAAAGGGCGAAAUAUAAAGUCAAAUAAAGAUUCAAGUCCUGGAGAAGAAGGUGACCUUGCAUCAAAAUCUGAUCCAAGUUUAAUAGAUAGUUCUAGUGAGAAAAAAUUACCAUUAGAAAAGAAAACUAUAUUCCAACCAAGGAAACCAUUUUUACCGAAAGUUAAAGAACGUAAAACAGUAACACCUAAUGCAAAUGCAUUUUCUCCAGAAAAUGAAAGCAGUGUUUAUGCAUUUGAAAGUGAUACAGAAGUCCCUGUUAAUACUCCCUUUAGACGUAAAGUUCGAGAGCCUAAUAAAUUAAAUGUGACUCUUAAUCUAUCUGAAUCUGACAUAAAUAAAACUGAAAAUAAUGCAAAUAAGCCUGAGAAUAAUACCAACAAAUUUGAUACUAAUACAAAGAAAUCUGAAAAUAACACAAAUAAGUUUGACAAUAACACAAAUAAAUCUGAGAACAAUAAAUCUGAGAGUGAAACAAAUAAAAAUGUAGAAAAGAUAAUAAAAGAUAAUAAUGAAGCUACAGCAUUUAAGGAAAUUUCCAACAAUAUUCCACCAAAAAAUGAAACUGAGAUAGUAGAGAUAAAAAGUACAUCUAAUACAAUAUUAAAUGUGAACAAAUUUGAAUUACCAAAAAAUUUUGCAACUUUAGCUAAUAUACAAGUUCUACCAUUAGAUAAAUUGACAACAACUUGGAGUAAUGUAAAUUGUAGUGCUUCAAUAGCUGUACAAGUAAACCUUGAUGAUAAUGCACAAACACAAGAACAAAUGGGGCAAGCAGAUGCAAAUCAACAGAAAAGUACAGAAAUAUCUACUCAGACUGAGAGUAAUAAUGAAAAUGAUGAUGAGAAUGAUGGUCAACUAUUUUAUAUACCUUUACAAGCUGUCACAAGGAAUGGACCAAAUUUAGUCCAAGGACAACAAUUGAUUCAAGGAGUAGCUGUAAAACUUGGUACUGAAGGGCCAAAUGGUCCUAAUCAGAAAGUUCUUCUAAGAGCAAAAUUAGUUACCAAACCUCCAUCAUCAAUUGCACGUUGCCCUCCUGUAGGCACAGUUCAGCCUACAACUCGUACUCCACUUAACUCUACCCUUGUAACAACUGAUCAUUCAGUACCAUCUACUUCUUCAUCCACAGCAUCAAAUAUUACUGUAUCUAAUUCUGAACUUCAAUUAUCUUCUCCAAAUAAAAAUGAAAACAUAGUACAAACAACAAAUAAACAAAAUAUUGGGACUACUCUAAAUAUAGGAAUUGAAAAAUUGCAGAAAUCCCCAAAAACUUCUAGAGAAAGAAAAACCUCAAUUGAUUCAAAUAAGAAUGGAAAAAGAUGUCAAAUCAAAACAAAACAAAAAAGUUCUGAAAUUUAUUCCCCCACUAAUAAUGUAACAUUUCCAAGUGCAAAAGAUGAAAAUAAUGAGGCACGUUUAGUUGAAGCUCCAACAUUUCAUCCUAGUGAAAAAGAUUUUCAAGACCCUUUAGAAUAUAUAGACAAAAUAAGACCAAUUGCAGAGAAAUUUGGAAUAUGUAGAGUUGUACCACCACCUAAUUUUAAACCGGAAUGCAAAGUGUCAGAUGAUAUGCGAUUUACUGCUUACAAUCAGUAUGUACAUCGUAUGUUACAUAGAUGGGGUCCCAAUGUGAAAGAAAUGAUGGCUAUAAAAAAAUAUUUAGCUACACAAAGCAUAACAUUAACACAUCCACCUUGGAUUGGUGGUAUGGAAGUUGAUUUACCUCAUUUAUAUCAAACAGUUCAAAGUUUAGGUGGAUUAAAAGAAGUUAUUGAAAAGAAAAAAUGGCAGAAAGUAGCUGAUGGAAUGAAAAUACCAAAAUCUGCCCAAGAUCGGGUAACCAAAUUAGAUGACAUCUAUUGUAAAUAUUUAUUACCAUAUGAUACAUUAUCUCCAGAGGAACGAGGCAAGUUAUUUGAUGAGGUUGAAUCUGAAUGGAUGAAAAGAGAAAGUAGAGCUUUACAAAGGCAAAAUGCACCAAUAAGUGAAAACGAAGAAGAUGAAGAUGAUGAUAGCUCUGAAGAAAUUGAGGAAUGUAUUGUGAAAGGUCGAAACAUGCCAUUAAAUGCUUUUUACCGUAUUGCACGAAAUACACAACGUAUGUGGUUUGGUGAAAAUCAGCGAUCUGGAAACGAAACUGAAGGUGCUUCUGCAGAUGAGGUUGAAAAUGCGUUCUGGAAACAUGUUGCAGAAAGAAAACGACAUGUUUGUGUACAUGCUGCGAGCAUUGAUUCAAGUGGACGCGGUUUUGGAUUUUCUGUUGCUAAAAAUAGUCCAUUUGCAAGACAUCCAUGGAAUCUUAAAGUACUUACUAAUAAUGCUGGAUCAGUGCUAAGAGCUUUAGGUCCUAUAAUGGGCGUGACAGUACCAACACUUCAUGUCGGCAUGUUAUUUAGCGCAUGUUGUUGGUAUCGCGAUCCUCACGGUCUUCCUUGGAUAGAAUAUUUACAUACUGGUGCUAAAAAAAUUUGGUAUGGUAUACCAGAUGAACAUAACAACAAUUUUAGAGAGGCUCUUUCAAAAAUGGUUCCACGAUACUGUAAAAAUAAAACUAUAUGGCUACCAUCAGAUACAGCAAUGGUUCCUCCAGAAUUAUUAGUUAGUAAUGGAGUAUCAUUAUGUCAAACUGUACAAGAACCAGGACAGUUUAUAAUUGUAUUUCCUAAAGCAUUUACAUCAAGCAUAUGCACUGGUUAUGUAGUAUCUGAAAGCGUUUAUUUUGCACAACCAUCUUGGUUAGAAACUGCAGAACAAGUAUUUAAAGAUAUACAAGAUAGCUGUGAACCAUCAAUCUUUUCAUUUGAAAGAUUAUUAUUUAAUAUUAUUAAUGAUUCUAGAUCUCAUAUAGAAGUAUUAAAACAGAUUUUACCAAGUGUAAUUAAAAUUCGUGAAAAAGAAAUAAAUUAUCGUAAACAGUUAGAAUUAGUGGGUCUUACAAAUACAGAAAGAUUACCUUUACCAGAUAGUGGAAAACGAAAAAAGGGGAAAAAAGUAAAAGAAGAUGAUGGUGACUUUGAAUGUGAAACUUGCAGAGCUAAUUUAUUUGUCUCAUUAGUUAAUAAUUCACAAGAUGAAAGUGUUUACUGUUUAUCACAUGCAUUGCAAUUAUUUAAUAGAAAGAAACAAAUUUUAAAACAUACUACUCUAAUGUAUACAUAUAAUGAGGAGGAAAUAAAUGACUUGAUUCAUAAACUAGAAGAAAAAAUUGAAGCCAAAUCUAAAAAGACUAAUCAAAUCAAACAAACAAAGUAA